CAAUAUUGCAAAUUGUAAUUCCACCGCUAGUCAACAGACGGCAGUCGAACAACGUAUUGUUGUAACGUUAACAUACCUACUCUGUGUCGACACUUACAUAAUAGUUAAAAAAAAUAUUCUCUAAAACUGCUUAUCCGUCCUAAUACUCAGGAAGUCGCUUUCCCUUUCUCUUAAAAAAAAAAAAACAGAAGAAGCUAAAGAAAAACAAUCGUGCUUACAGAUUUUUUGCACUUAAAGAAUACGUUUUAUUUUGAUCUGGGUCAACCAGAAGAAACGCGAAAGUUGUAAAAAACAAAAAAUAUGUCAAAACCCAAAGUUUAUGUUGUCGGUGUUGGCAUGACCAAGUUUGAAAAACCUGGUCGCCGAGAGAAUUUUGAUUAUCCUCAAAUGGCCGUUGAGUCUGUUACCAAAGCUUUACAAGACGCCAAAAUCGGUAUAGAAAAAGUAGACCAAGCGUGUGUCGGUUAUGUAUACGGUGACUCGACUUGCGGCCAACGAGCUCUUUAUGAAAUCGGUAUGACCGGCAUACCAGUUUACAAUGUAAACAAUAACUGUUCAACGGGAUCUACAGCCUUAUUUUUGGCCAAACAACUUAUCGAAUCAAAAAAUGCUGAUUGUGUUUUGGCACUCGGCUUUGAAAAAAUGGAAGCCGGAUCUUUAACUGCAAAAUAUUUGGAUAGAACCAAUCCAAUGGACAAACACGUAACUUUAAUGGGUGAUAUUGUUGGCUUGGACGCUUCACCGAUUACUGCACAGCUAUUUGGAAAUGCGGCUUUAGAAUACAUGGAAAAAUAUAACGUUAAGCCAGAAACCCUUGCCAAGAUUGCUUACAAAAAUCACAAACAUUCCGUCAACAAUCCAUAUUCUCAAUUUCAAAAAGAAUAUUCUUUACAAGAGAUCCUUCAGUCGCCAAAAGUGUUUGGACCGUUGACGAAAUUGCAAUGUUGUCCAACUUCUGACGGUUCUGCUGCAGCAAUUUUGGCAUCGGAACGUUUUGUUAUUGAAAACAAUCUUCAAUCGCAAGCUAUUGAGAUUGUCGGAAUGGAAAUGGCUACAGAUCCACCGACAACCUUUUCUGAUAAUAGCAUUGUGAAAGUCGUGGGAUAUGACAUGACCAAAUUAGCAGCUAACAAAUUAUUUAGCAAAAUCAAAAUUAAACCCACCGACGUCGAUGUGGUAGAGUUGCACGAUUGUUUUUCUGCCAACGAAUUGCUUACAUACGAUGCAUUAGGACUUUGUGCACCAGGAAAAGCCGGGGAAUUUGUCGAGUCUGGCGCAAAUACUUAUGGUGGCCGCGUUGUGGUCAACCCUAGCGGCGGGUUGAUUUCAAAGGGUCAUCCUUUAGGAGCUACAGGUAUCGCUCAAUGCAGUGAACUCUAUUGGCAGUUGCUUGGUAAAGCUGACAAAAGACAAGUGUCUGGUGCUAAAGUCGCUUUACAACAAAACAUCGGUUUGGGAGGAGCUGUAGUUGUAGCUUUAUAUCAACACGGUUUCCCCAGUUUAGCGCCAAAAUCUCAAACGUCUCAACAAUCGGCCAAACCCACAACCGACAAAGACCCAUCAGUGUUCAAAGUUCACAAGGCAUUUAAAUUACUCGAACAAGCAAUGUUAGAUGAUAAAGAAGGCAAUAUCAACAAAGUCCGCGGCAUAUAUUGUUUCAAAGUGUCUAACAACAAAAAACAAGAAGGCAUGUGGAUCAUCAAUGCCAAAGACGGCAAAGGCAGCAUCACGUUUUAUGGCAAAGAAAAACCGGACGUUACGUUCACAAUGAAAGACGACGACGUCGUAGAUUUAAUAACGGGAAAACUAAAUCCGCAAAAGGCUUUCUUCCAAGGCAAAAUCAAAAUUCAAGGAAAUAUGGGUUUGGCGUUGAAAUUAGUCGAGUUGCAGAAGUUAAUGGAACACAAAAUAGCAGAAUUACGAGCAAAGUUAUAGGUAUAUUUGUUAUUGUUAUUUAUGGAUAUUGAAUUUUAAAGGAUUUUCAAUGUUUUUUUGUAAAAAUAUUAUUGGGCUGGUAUGACAAGAUAUUAAUAUUUUCAUUAUUGUAUUUUUUAAAAGGUCUAUUGUGGUUUUAGGACUUGUGUAUGGUUUUUUUUAUUAUAUAUUUUUUUUUUAUAUUGAAUAUUUAUUACGUUUGUAUUUUAUACGAUGUUAAAUGUACGACAUUCCAUUACAAUUGUUGGGAAAUAUACUAUAAAA